GGCAUCCGGAGAAACAUGGAGGACACCGCUGGCAGUAAUCCCCAAUCUCUCGGAUUUACAGAGAAAUUAAAGUCUUGGCUCUCUUGGUCAUGGACCUACGUGUGCUUCAUUUGGUUCGGCAUGGUGCUGAUCAUGAUCUACGUCCUGUGGAGCCCGCUGAAACUGCAGGAAACUCUUACCUCAGCCUCAGUGUUUCUGAAUACACUGACCCCCAAGUUCUAUGUGGCUCUCACUGGAACCUCCUCUCUCAUCUCUGGACUCAUCCUUAUAUUUGAGUGGUGGUAUUUUCGUAAAUAUGGGACCUCGUUCAUUGAACAAGUGUCGGUGAGCCACCUGCGUCCUCUUCUGGGGGGAGUGGAGAGCAGCUCCACGACUGGGCUAUUUGCAUCAGUUAAUGGAGAGGCAGAGCCGAGGCCCAGUGUUUCAGAGUGUAAGGUCUGGAGGAACCCUUUGAAUCUAUUCAGAGGAGCAGAAUACAACAGGUACACCUGGGUAACAGGGAAGGAACCCUUAACAUACUAUGAUAUGAACCUGUCUGCUCAAGACCAUCAGACCUUCUUCACAGGAGACACUCCACAGUUAAGACCAGAAGAUGCUGUGAUGCAGAAAGCCUGGAGAGAGAGAAAUCCUCAAGCCAGGAUCAGAGCAGCUUACCAGGCCAUAGAAAUGAACCAUGAAUGUGCUGCAGCCUAUGUGCUCCUAGCAGAGGAAGAAGCCACGACCAUCACAGAAGCUGAACGCCUCUUCAAGAAAGCAUUAAGUAUUGCGGGAAAAGAUAUCAACUUACUGGUGUACAUUAAACGCAGACUGGCAAUGUGUGCACGCAAACUGGGCCGGAUUAAAGAAGCAGUGAAAAUGAUGAGAGAUUUAAUGAAGGAGUUCCCACUUUUGGGAAUGUUAAAUAUACACGAAAACCUCUUGGAGGCACUUCUAGAGCUUCAGGCAUAUGCUGAUGUCCAAGCAGUUCUCGCCAAAUAUGAUGACAUCAGCUUGCCAAAAUCAGCCACUAUAUGCUACACAUCUGCAUUGUUGAAAGCACGGGCUGUAUCAGAUAAGUUUUCACCAGAGGCCGCGUCACGGCGAGGGCUAAGCACAGCAGAGAUGAACGCUGUGGAGGCCAUACACAGAGCUGUUGAGUUCAACCCACAUGUGCCAAAGUACUUAUUAGAGAUGAAGAGCCUGAUCCUCCCUCCAGAGCACAUCUUGAAGAGGGGAGACAGUGAGGCAGUGGCAUAUGCUUUCUUCCACCUGCAGCACUGGAAGAGGGCAGAAGGAGCCUUAAACUUACUACACUGCACCUGGGAGGGCACCUUCCGGAUAAUUCCCUACCCACUGGAGAAGGGUCACCUGUUUUACCCCUACCCAGGAUGCACAGAAACAGCAGACAGGGAACUGCUGCCCUCAUUCCACGAGGUGUCUGUGUACCCAAAGAAAGAGCUUCCCUUCUUCAUCCUCUUCACAGCAGGCCUUUGCUCCUUCACUGCCAUGCUGGCCAUGCUCACACAUCAGUUCCCUGAGCUCAUGGGUGUCUUUGCCAAAGCAUUCUUCAGCACACUCUUUGCACCCCUGGGUUUUUUCGCAGACAAGAUGGAAAGCUUCAUGCCGUCCAGUUUUUGGCACCAGCUGACUAGAAUCUGACCCCAUCUCACACACAUACACACACGCACACACAUACACACACAUACACACACAUAUACAUACACACACACACCAAUACCACUCCAAACCCUGAGACAAAAAGUGUUUGCUCUCCUGUCUUCAGCAUUACUGUCCACUUGCUGCAUUGUUACUGAUUAUGUUGGCUGAGGUUGUAUCAACACGGCAAUGCCGCUCUUAAGAUGCUCUCCCACACUGUUCCAGCAGCCACAGUCUUUCCAAGAGCACAUUUAGUGAAUGCUGUGUGCAACGAUUUCACAGGGUCGUUCAUUUGUCAUCAUGUUAGCACUGGGCAAAUGGAAGUAUCCCACAAAGCCUGGCUGCAGAAUAUUCUUUUGUUCAAAAAUUAAAGGAAUUAAGGGGCACUCCUCCGUUCCACCACAGUAGUGAUUAAAUCAAGAAGAAAUGCUAAAAAUGAUGUGUUUUUAAUAAUUCCUUGACUCUCUAGUCAGAUGAGUUGGUUUUAACCAGUAUUUUAAGGACCACAGGAACCAGAAACAAUAUGAAAUAUGUGAACAUUAAGAAUGUCUUUUGGCGAAUAUGUUCACCAAUAUGAUCCUAUUUUCCCAUUUUCACAAAAGAUCCCAUCAGGUAUUUGGGAUGGGAACCUUUGUGUCCUAUGUCAACCCUUAGCGCCCUGCAGACCUCCUAAAAACAGAGCUGUGAUUUACAGCCUCGAAGUGCCUGCAGUGUAUACAACGCCUCUGCAGUUCAACAGUUGUUACCAUGGCAUGACACCUCAGCACUAUAUCACUCGGGAAACCGCCGCCCCCGCAACAUCGAAAUGUAAAUGGGAUCAUCACUGGUCACAGUUCGGUCUCUCAUGGCAUCACUCAUUUCUGCUGAUUGCACUACAGAAAAUCGACCGGCACGGGCAACGUAACUGUAGCUGUAAAACAUCAAAUUACAGCAGGUCGAAAUACACUGAUGAGCCUUUGGAGAAGCCUGAGGGGAUAGCGGGCAAAAUUAGCAGACAUGCGCAGAAAAAAUUGUACAAAGUAAGAAGGAUUUUACUUUUUACAGCAUGUACAAAACCACUUGCUAUGCCUUAGACUGUGUCCGUUCAUGUUGCCAGAAGUGGUACAUGUGUUGAUCCUACUCUAACUGGUUUAGUUCUGACUUUCUGGUUCUUUUGUGAAAGAUUUACUCCACUUGGUUUUAGACUGAGAUUCCAGUAUUCCCUUUGUUGUGUCGUAAAAUGCAAAAACUGACCAAUAAUGUAAAAACCUGACAGAAACAAAUGUGCCUGGUUUGAAAUUGUAAUCGACGUCUUUAAAUGUAAUGUAAAUUCUUAUUAACUACGUAAAAUGUAAUGAUUGAUGUUUAUUUCAAAAAACAAAAACAGUUCAAAAUAUGUUGCAUCACUUCGUCAAGGAUGAUGAGAAUAAAAUGCCACCCAAAAUUGUAUGAAAUAAACAGGUUUAUUACAUUUUAAAGCAUUUACAGGGACAGUUUACCCUUGAAUCAAAAAUACAUAAUAUUUUCUUCCACCUAUUGUGCUAUUUAUCAGACUACGUUUUGAUGUGAGUUGUCAAGUGUUGGAGAUAUUGGAUGUAAAGAUGUCUGCCUUCUACCCAAUAUAAUGAAACUAUAUGGCACUUUUCUAACCCAAAAACUCAACAGAAAUGUCUCUUUCCAGAUAUUACACAAACCUUGUUGUGAGAAGUUUCAUCAGGAACUAUUUUCUUUCUCAAUCAUACUUCAUCACGGCAGGAUGCUUCCUUCUGCAUGGUGAUUUGCUUGGUGGGGGUAGUUGGGUAGAAAUAAUCAAAUUCCUGCAUAAAACUGCUCACAACAAGGUCUGUGGGAUAUCUUCAGUAACCGAGUCUUGAUAUCUAGAAAGAGACAUUUCUGUUGAGUUUUAGCUUUGAGCAUCAACAAGCGAAGUUUCAUAUAGUUCCAUUAUAUUAGAGAGGCAGACAUCGAUAGAGCCAAUAUCUCCAACACUCACCAACUCACACCAAAACAAUCUAGAUUGAUUAAUAGCACUACAGGUAACAAAUAAAGUGUGUAUUUUUGAUUUUUGGGUAAACUGUCCCUUUAAGUGCCUUAAAAACUUUACAAGCUGACUUAAUUAAGUUAUUAAACUUGACAUUUUCUAAAUUAUGGCGGCUAAAAUAACACACUGCGUUCAUGCCCCAGGAUAUACUGUUACAUCAUAAUGACAACACUUCAUUCUACAUAUAAUAAAAAAUUGUGAUAAUAAAGUGCCUUUUAGUACAUCAUCACAACAGCUAAACACUCCAAUCUGGCUUUUACUGCACAAACAAUAUUGAUGUCAAGUUUAGUGGCAACUUUGUUUCAAUUUUGAUGGAUUUAAUUUGAUAAAUAGAUGCCUUCAAAUAAUGUAAUUUGUAACAGAAUUGUUGAUUGUCCAAUGAUAAGCAUUACUAUGUACAGCAACAAAGCGACACUGGCAGAAGCAUAAAGGGCAAGCUGGUUAUGAUGAAGUAGCAAAUUAAAUGUGUGUAAGUACGGUAUGUUGCAAAUUUGGGUCAUAUUUUUUAAUAACCUCGAUCUUUAAACUACAAAGAUUCUGUUUUUCUUCCCACUAUGGUCUGUAAUCUGUCUGUUUAAAUUAGUGACACUUGAAAUGUGAACUUUUAAGUGUGCAGCUGAAAUGUAAGAGUACAUGCUGAAGACAGGAGAAUGUUUGAAAAAAUUGUAACUACCCUUGGAUGAGUUUGAAAGCAAAACUCAGAAUAAAUUUCUCUUUCA